UCUAUUCUUUCCCCACCAUGAAAUUCCGCGAGGACCUAUGGUAUCUAUUUCGCUAUGAAGCCGGCCGAAUCUCCGGCGCCAACCCCAGUCCUCCGUCCUCGGCGACGGCAAGACCUUCCCCUCCCCCUACCCCAGCUCGAACCAAUCAUCACCGUCUCCAUCCCACUCAAGCCGAUCAAAUCCCCAACGCCAGCCCCUGCCAGCCGCCCUAGGCGUCGGCCAGACCUUAUACUCCCCCUACCCCAGCGCGACCCGACCCUCGCUGUCCCCCUCCCCCUUCCCCCGCUCUCGACGAUUGCAUCUUCUAACUCUCCGACCACCGCCGGUCAAUCUCUACUGACUCCGAAGAUCUCUGACCUCGAGCGCAUACGCCGCGUCGGCAUCGGAAGCGGCGGCACAGUCUAUAUGGUCCGUCAUCGCCCCACCAGCCGAAUCUAUGCCAUGAAAGUCAUCUGCGGCGACCACGAUGAUGCCGUUCGGCGCCAGAUCUACCGCGAGAUCGAGAUCCUCCGGGCCUCCGACAACCCGUUCGUCGUUCGCUGCCACGGCAUGUACGAGCAGGCAGGUGAGAUCCAGAUCCUCCUCGAGUACAUGGACGGAGGCUCCCUCCACGGCCACCGGAUUUCGUCGGAGAAAUUCCUCGCCGACGUCGCUCGCCAGAUUCUCUCCGGCCUCGCCUAUCUCCACCGCCAAAAGAUUGUUCACCGCGACAUCAAACCCUCCAAUCUCUUGAUAAACGCUGAGCGCCAAGUUAAGAUCGCUGAUUUUGGAGUUGGCAGAAUCCUGUCGCAGACUAUGGAUCCCUGCAACUCGUCGGUGGGGACUAUCGCCUACAUGAGCCCGGAGAGGAUCAACACCGAUCUGAAUCAUGGCAUCUACGAUGGCUACGCCGGCGAUAUCUGGAGCUUUGGGCUCAGUAUAUUGGAGUUUUACCUGGGAAAGUUUCCCUUUGGGGAGAAUAUUGGGCAGCAGGGGAACUGGGCGAGCCUCAUGUGCGCCAUCUGCUACUCGAAUCCGCCUGAAGCGCCGCCGAAUGCUUCCAAAGAGUUGAAAAGCUUCAUAUUUUGCUGUCUUCAAAAGGAGCCAGCUAGCCGCCUCACUGCGUUGCAGCUCCUUCAGCAUCCGUUCAUCACCCAGCAAUCGCCAGUGUCCUCUUCCUCUUCCAUUCAGAAAGCUCAAGCUUGAGCUUGAACGAGUUAAAUUGGAUGUGAUGACUCCAUUGGGAGAUCGAUAUCGUGGUAGCCAUGGAAAGGUUUGUUGGCCCUUCUUUUUUUGGGAUUUGAUUCUGGUUCAGUAACACUCUUUAGUAUCAUAACAAAAGCAAUUUUCACGGAAAAUUA